CCGGGGCCCUAUGAGGUCAGCUCAUGAAUAUUGCUGCAUUACCCCGAGCAGCUCUGGCUCCGCUUGGUACCUCGUGCAUCCGUGGGCGUGGGCAGUUUAGCCAGCCUAAGAGGACACCAAGUGGGGGCUCGAAGGGCAGCUAGGGAGGGACGAUGACCCUUGCGGGGCCGGACCUUUCUGCGACGCCUGGGAGAUAGCAUCAGCCAUGAGCCAGCCGCCUAGCGGAGGCGCUGCUGCUACCGCCUCUCCUCGCCUGCAUCCAGAGGGGAGCAGCAGCCGAAACAAGCAGCAGCAGCAGCAGCGAGCAUCCUCUCCAGGCAGACCCAAGGAUUCCCCCGUCCGCCAGGCCUCCCCGGCUGCUAGCUCACCCCGCUCCGCGACGGCUGCUGCAGCCGCUGCCUCCAAAGCAAGCUCCGCCCGGCAGCCGCCGCCGCCACCGCAGCAGCAGCCGCCGCCGCCCGGGCAGAAAGCGGGCCGGGCGAAGGGAGGCGGAGUGGGAGGGGACAAGGCGUCCGCACAGCCUGCGCUAGCGAGGAGCGCGGCGCCGCUGGGAGCUGUCCAGGCCGGGGAUGGUGCUGAAGUUCAAGCCGCCACGCCCCUGGUCCCAGCAGGAGGUUGCCCGAAGGCAGCGCCGAGGCCUGCGGCUGACAAGCGAGAGGCGCCUCCCAGAGACCCCGAGCUUGCCUCUCUCGGAGCCGGAGAGCAGCCGCAGACGCCGGCUGGAGAGGAGGGGGAAAGGGAGGGCCCCUUCGCGCUCUCACAGCCGCCACCCAAGAGCUGGAGCCGAGGGAAAGCGGGCAGGCCUCUACCGAAGGGCGGAGGGGACGCAGCCCCGGCUCCUCCGGCCUCUUGCGCGGCAGCGAAGGGCGGCGGCUACUGGAAGGAAGGAUGCCUGCAAAGUGAGCUCAUCCAGUUCCACCUCAGGAAGGGGCUGGCAGCGGCCCAAAUGCAAAGCAAAGGCAGCAGCCCGGGGAACGGCGAAGACGCGGCCGCCACUCAGCCUCAGCCUGCCUCGUCGACCCCGUCAACAAUGGCACUGGCUGGGGCGGAAGAGGGCAAUGGGCGCAGCCGAGCCGCCGGAGGCGCCUUGAGCUUCAACCCUCAGCAGCAGCAAGAGCUGCAGGAAGAGAUGGAGAAACUGCUGGAGGAGAAUGAGACCCUCAAGAAUGAGAUAGACGAGCUAAGGACUGAGAUGGAUGAGAUGAGGGACAGCUUCUUUGAAGAGGAUGCCUGCCAACUGCAGGAAAUGCGCCAUGAAUUGGAGAGGGCCAAUAAAAAUUGCAGGAUCCUCCAGUAUCGCCUUCGAAAAGCAGAGCGCAAGAAGCUCCGCUACGCACAAACUGGGGAGAUUGAUGGAGAACUUCUACGUAGCUUGGAGCAAGACCUAAAGGUUGCGAAGGAUGUCUCAGUGAGACUUCACCAUGAGCUGGAAAAUGUGGAAGAAAAACGCACCACCACAGAAGAUGAAAAUGACAAGUUAAGACAGAAGCUAAUAGAAGUAGAGAUUGCUAAGCAGGCUCUGCAGAAUGAACUUGACAAGAUGAAAGAGCAGUCAACGAAAAGAAGGGGAAGCAAGGACCUGCAGAAAUCAGAGAAAAAGUCACAGCAGACACCCACCGAGGAGGACAGUGAAGAUCUGAAAUGCCAGUUGCAGUUUGUCAAAGAGGAAGCUGCUCUGAUGAGGAAGAAGCUGGCCAAAAUAGACAAGGAAAAGGACAGGUUUGAACAUGACCUGCAGAAGUAUCGGUCGUUUUAUGGUGACCUAGACAGCCCCUUACCCAAAGGGGAAGCAGGAGGCCCACCUACCACAAGAGAAUCAGAACUCAAGCUCCGCCUGAGAUUAGUAGAAGAAGAAGCCAAUAUUCUGGGAAGGAAAAUAGUGGAGCUGGAAGUGGAAAACAGAGGGCUGAAAGCAGAGCUGGAUGACUUAAGAGGGGAUGAUUUUUCAGGGGCAGCCAACCCCCUCAUGGGGGAGCAGAACGAAUCCCUCUCGGAAUUACGUCAGCAUCUUCAGCUAGUUGAGGACGAAACUGAAUUGCUGAGGAGGAACUUGGCUGAUGUAGAAGAACAAAACAAGCGCAUCACGACAGAGCUGAACAAAUACAAAUACAAGAGUGGGGCUCACGACAGUUCGAGGCACUACGACAGUGUCAAGAUGGAUGCACUGCAAGAAGAGCUCAAAGCUGCUCGCAUGCAGAUCAAUGACCUCAGUGGAAAAGUCAUGCAGCUCCAGUACGAGAACAGAGUCUUGAUGUCCAACAUGCAGCGCUAUGACCUGGCCUCUCAUCUGGGGAUCCGGGGCAGCCCCAGAGACAGCGAUGCUGAAAGUGAUGCAGGGAAAAAAGAAAGUGAUGAUGACUCUCGGCCCCCACACCGCAAACGCGAGGGGCCCAUUGGUGGGGAAAGUGACUCGGAGGAGGUCCGCAACAUACGUUGCCUGACCCCAACAAGAAGCUUCUACCCAACGCCGGCAGGGUGGCAGAAAAGCUUCACCGACCGGCAGCAAAUGAAGGACAUCCGCUGUGAGGCGGAACGCCUGGGCAAGACAAUAGACCGCCUGAUUUCAGACACAAGCACCAUAAUAACAGAGGCAAGAGUUUAUGUGGCAAAUGGGGACCUGUUUGGACUUAUGGAUGAUGAAGAUGAUGGCAGUCGGAUACGGGAGCAUGAACUUCUUUACCGGAUAAAUGCCCAGAUGAAGGCGUUCAGAAAAGAGCUCCAGACCUUUAUUGACAGACUAGAAGUUCCGAAGACUUCGGAUGACCGAAGUACAGAUGAACCUUUGUCAGUGAGUCAGAUGUUCCAGCCUAUCAUUUUACUGAUUCUCAUCCUUGUAUUAUUUUCAUCCCUUUCUUACACAACAAUAUUUAAGCUUGUCUUCCUUUUCACACUGUUCUUUGUGCUGUAGACCUUUUUUUCAUCAUUUUACCAUUCAUUGUAGUAUUAUUUUCAGUUUGUUUUGUUUUGUCCAUCCCUCCCAAGACAAGAAGUGCAAGAGCUAUAAGUUUCUGUAGCCAUCACUACUGUUGUAAAAACACUGAAGACUACUUGUUUGAAAGAAGGCAAAUCAGCCCUUAGGUGCCAAAAUGCAGUCACACAGGAAGCAACGACACACAGAGGACACCAUCUCCACAACGGAAUUGAUCGUGGUCAUAAAAAAAA